AUGGCAUCGACACCCAAGAAAGCUGCCUCCAGCUUGAUCAACGAGGACCAGUUUAUCCAUAACCUGGCCUCGUACAUACGCACGAACCACAAGGACUUCCUGGGCGACGAGUCUGCCUCGCCUCAGCCUGCUCCCGCAUCUCCCACCAGCACCAGCACCAAGCCAGGCCUCAGCCGCCACAAGUCCAAUGCCUCGGCAUCAUCGGCGGCUUUGAUGCGCCAGAACUCACUCAAGACCCUCGGCACCUCGCUUGCGGUGACGUCGGUCAACAUCCUGACUUCGUACGGCGUGCCCACCAUCUUUGGCUCCAAACCGAAAGAUCACAGCCAUCCACCCGCAACCUCAGCCGCUCUGCCAGAGGGCUAUUCUCCCGAUCCCUUCCCUCCCAUCGGCACCGGCAUUUCCUCUGCAAUUACGCCACUUGCGUUCGCCCUCGAUCCGUACCAUCUGUCUACCAUCGUCCGUCGCUUCGGUGCUUCCAAGCGGGUCCUUGACUACACCGCAUCCAAAAGUGCCGCCGAUUCUGGACCGACCGGCAGCGUCGACGCCGCCAGCAGUACCAACAACAGCAGCCAGCAGCCAGCCGACCGUGCCGAGGCUGGUGCUCUUCCAACAACCCUGAUCGAUGCAUCCAAAUCAGUCCAGGAUCAGCCUUCCACAGCCCCCAAGAAGGAUGGUCUGGCAGGUCCGACAAUGUCCCGGUCGGCAUCCAACGGGUCACGCGAGACGUCCAGAAAGAAGACCCCUCUGACGCCCGGGCAGGUCGAGGACGAUUUGCUGUUCCUGUUCUGCUUCUUUGAGAAGCUUCGGACCCUGAAGCUCGCCAACGUUGCCCAGAAGCGCAUCGCCGGGGUUGACUAUGGGCAGCCUCCGGCCCUGGGCCUGGGGGCUUUCUCGAACCUCACGGGAGUCGAGCUCUACAAAGUCUCGCCGGCUCUGAUUGUCGAGUGGGGCUGUCUUAGACCCAAGCUGCAGCACCUUGUGUGCGAGGGCAGCAUCGAGAGCACCGAUAGCCUCGUGGUCGCCUUGCAGGAAGCUGCGACGACGCUAACAGCCCCGAUUCCCGACGAGUCACUCAAGACGGAGCAUGUCGAUCCCGCACUCUUGCCCGCCUUGACGCAUCUCAGCCUUGCAAAAUGCUCGCUGCCAUCUUUCUCGCCCGUCCUGGCCGACCACAUCCCUGCUGCGAGCCACAUCGACCUUAGCGAAAACUACCUUGAGGCUCUGCCACUUGCCUUGGCGCCGCUCACGCAUCUCCAGGCGCUUUCCCUGAACUCCAACAUCAUCGCCUCGUUUCCCGACAGCUUCGCCUCCAAGCUCACCGCACAGGGCGCAUUCAGGAACUUGCAAAUCCUCCUGCUCCGAUCGAACUGCCUGGAAAGGCUUUCGGGGUUGGAGGCCUUCCAGGACAACCUGCGUGUCUUGGACUUGCGAGACAAUCGCAUCUGGGAUGUGUACGAGCUGACCCGCGUUGGCAAGAUGCGAAGGCUGGUUGACCUGCGGGUCGACGGCAACCCGCUGACAAAGACGGACCGGUACCGCGUGAACAUCUUCACGUACUUUGACAGCCGUGCGCUCAACGUUGUGCUUGACGGAACGCUGCCCACCUCUGCCGAGCGCAAGCUGAUCCAAUCCAAUCAAGCCGUCGUCGUUCGGGAAUCUGUUGCCGUGGAUGAAAUCAACAGCAACCACAGCGAUGCUGCGUCGGCGGCCCAGACCGCCAAUACCAAUGUCACAGAUGGCGAGUCCCAGCCCCAGUCCCAGCCCCGGUUCACAGAUGUUGCCAGCGCUACCCUGCUUGCCAAGCGCAAACUCAAGGGCCGGCUCAAGAACAAGGCGACAGCAUCUGCGACCGCAUCUGCGACUGGCUCGGCUGGACAUCUUGAAUCGGGUGCAGUUGACGGUCCCGAGACAUCUGAAAAGCCUUCGAGAGGCACGUUUUCAGAUGCCUCGUCGGACGCUCCCACAGAGGGCGGAAAGACCACCGACGAGACUUCCGAGCCCCGCUCUGUCGGGAACACCGAGCCUCACGACUUAUUGGUCAGUCAUCGGAAACGGGCCGCCGGCCGCAAGCCCACCCGAGCCGACUCGCUGCCGCUCCCGCGCCGCCAGAGUGUCGACAGCACUGCUACCUCGCCAACCGGCCUGCUUCCGACUAUCUCUUUGUUUGCUCAUCCUGGGCAGUUUGAGCCACUUCCGCCUGUCAUCGAGCCCUCUGUCAGCCAGGGUGCGACUCACGAUGCCCUCUCGAUCACCCAAGUCACGCCGGCAACUUCUCUCAGGGCAACUCCUGUUUCGAGCUUCGACGACAAGCACGUCUGGAAGCAGACCCUCGAGAAACUGGCCCUUCCAGCCAAGGAUCUGCUCGAUCCGGUUCCUUCUGAAGCGUCAAACCUAUCGACGUCUCCACAGAGUCAUUUCGACUCGCUUGUUGGAAGCCCACAGUCCCACCAUUCCUUAGUGCAAGGUGCACGUCAUACCCGACAACCGAGCGCCGCCUCCCACACCAGCGACGCAGCAGCCGCCUCGGUUGACAAGUCGGCACCGGACACGGCAGUCUCGCAGUCUCCACCGCUCAUUACCCCUCGAACAUCGCAGGGGCUCAAGGCCGUUGGUCACUAUCGUCGGCUCUACAGUUUGAAUGAAUCCACGGACUCUGAGCAUAUCGUCAUUGGCCAGAACGUUGCCAAUGCCGCCGGUGCCGAUAACCAUUCGAGAUCUCCACAGCGACAGGGGUCCGCGUUCCACCAUGCAACGGCAGCGCCUGAUCCAGAGGUCGAGACUGGCAAGUCGCUGAGCGAACUCAAGAUCACAAUCAAGCCGCCGGCCUUCAAAUCCUUCACCGUCAGCCUGCGCAACCCUGUGCUCCCCAGACGCAGCGAUCUGACGGCGUUGUUGUCAGCGCAGCGACAAGAGAGUCUCCCCUCCGACACCGCUCGACCUCAGGCGGAAUAUCCGGCAGCAGAUGCACACGAAACCCGCAGCACCUCGACACCCACAAUCGUGCUGGCUCGGCCACUGAGCAAUCGACUGGUGUACACACCCUCGGGGACCGUUAAAGGCAGCAGUGCCGGCUCGCGCAUGUACUCAGUCUUUGGCGACCGCGUCCGCUCGACCACGUCUGUGGCCGGCCGCCUGUCGUCGCAUCUCGGGACGGUCAAGAGCGCCGACCGCAACAGCAGCGACUCUGCAGCACUGCGCUCCUCGUCGGCAUCCAUUUACCAGCAGAGCUGGUCGCACGCAUCCACAAUUCCCUUCCUCAAGAUGACCAACGCCUUGCAUCUGUACCUCAAGAUGCACGUUUUCAGUGCGCCCGGUGAGCGCCAUCUGGCCUGGAUUCCGCUCUCGUACAUCCCCCAGCUGCCGCCCUUCAUCAGCUCGAAUCCUGCGCUGCUUGGCGGUGGUGCGGGAGGCGACAGCUCGGUUGCGGGCCAGAGCAACGCCUCAGGACAGGCAUCUCCCAAUCUCAGUGCCGCUGCGCCCUCGGCUUCGGCCAACACCAAGCCAAGAACCGGCGGCUGGCUUUCGUUCAUGACGACCUCGGGCGCUGGCGGAGCGCCCAGCAACCGCAGCGCCACCGAUAUCAGCCCCAAGGUAAUGAAUGCCCUCAUGACCAUCAAGCCUUCAGAACGCCCGUGCUAUCUCCUGUUGUCGGAUGCGCAUCUGUACAUCUUUUCGCCGCUCGCCGCGUUCCCCUAUCAGCCCGAGGAUGCCAGCGAUCCGUACGCUCAGCAUCUCAAGAGGCAGAGCGAGCAGACCAAUUACGACGAUCCUUCCAAGUAUCUCAAUUUGAUCUACAAGAUCCCCUUUUCGUCGCUUGGCCGCCUCGAUGUCGGACCUAACCGCCAGUACAUAACGGUGCACUUUCUCUACGCCGACUCCAAGGUGGGAACGGCCCUGCCUGCAAGUGGCUCGACUGCGAUCAGCGCCAAUCCUACAGGCGCUGUUGCCAGCACCCCGUCGACAGCCAUCGCGGCAGCUGCUGCAUCGACUGCAGCCAUAGGCGUUGCCGGCGUUGCAGGUGUCGCAGGCGUCGCCGGUGCCACUCUUGGGCUCUCAGCGAACCUUGUGUCGACCUCAGGCCCAAGCGUUCCGCAGCCCCAGCACCAUGGACAGACUCCAUUCACAUCGCUUGUCCUCGUCACGCGCGACAAGGCCCUCACCAGCCAGAUCCUGGACAACCUCAUGCCGAUCCUCUAUGAAAGCGAGGGCACGGUCGCGGACCGAGUCAAGGGCCCGGACGGGCGAAUCCGUAUCCUGAACCAGGAUAUCGAGUGGGCCGUCAAAGGCUACCUCGAGCGAGUGUUUUUCCGGCGAGGCGAGAAGGAGAUGGAUCUCGAUCGAAUCGGCGCAAUGCAGUAUGCCGAGGACACCGAGCCUGGAGAGAGUCCUUCGAGCGGCAGCACGGGCACGCCCAACGCAAGUCUGCCCAAGCCCACCGAUGACUCGCCCAGAGCCAAGACCCCGGACGGCCUGCCACGAUCCAAGACUCCGAGCGAAUCGCCCGCAUAUCAAGCUCCGGCUACCGAUAUCGCCAAGAAGCCUACGAGCUGGACACAGACCAAACUCAUUCUCGACGACGAGCUCGAUGCCGUUGUCAACGAAGCGGUCGAGUCCCUCAGCAAGGUCAGCUUUGAUUUUGUCCGUCUCUAUCAGCUUGUGGGCUAUGCCGAGCUCAAGUUCCGGGAUCCAGCAGUUGCAUCUGCCGGAGCCAAGGCCACGACGCCUCGGCUUGAGUCGCUGUCGCUGCUGGGUACACAGGAGUACAUCUACCUGGUCCGAGAGCGACUGGACGCCUGGCCUCCCCUCGUGUUCCCUCCUGAGAUCACCUCGGCGCCCGGCGGAGCCGUGAAUGCCGCCAUCGAGGACCUCAGCCCCGAGCUCAAGCACUCCAAGGGAUGGGUUGUCGACAUUGUCGGACACAUCCACUCGGUCUACACGGCAGCUCGGGUCAGCAACAUUGUCAAGGUCGAGCGAUGGAGAAGCUGGCGCUGGACCGGUCGCGAGACCGUCCAGCAAGUCGGGGCAACGGGCAGCGACGCCGGCAUGGUUCUAAUGAACGGCGGCAUCGGGUCGCUCGAAUGGAACACGAUCACCGCCAAGGCGGCCGAGACCCAAGUGAAGAGAUUGCCUCUGGGGCGCAGCAAACUCCAGGGCACACAGAACUAUCUCUUGAUCGAAGGCAACGCUGCCGGCUGGGGCUGGUGGGUGCGCAUUACUUUUGCGCUGCCUCUGGCGGGCUCGAACUCGGGCGGCAGCAAGCGGUUUUGGUGGGAUCUGUUCUUCUCGACGCUCAAUUCGGCAAACGAGUUCCUGGCGUUUGUGGCCAACCUGCGGGGAUCCAAGCCGGACUGCGAGCCCGAAACCCUGCCGGUGCUUGAUGCUGAGACCACAGCCCAAGCCGCGGACGACCGCGACCACGAUGAUACCUCUUUCCCCGCCAACACAGAUGCCGAGACCGACGGCGCUGCAUCAGGAAGCCCCGAGAGCCAGCCUCGAUUCGAUCCGCGGCCAUCGUGGGAACUAGAUCUGCGCCCCGACGGCGUUGCUUUUGUUAUUGGCGAUGACGCCUGA